AUGGGAAAGCAGAGUCUGCGGCCUGAAGACCAACCCCUUGCAUCACACACAGCCCCGAGGCUGUUCCGAAGCGUAGCUCUGCUGCGGAGGGAGGAAGCUGCUCUAACAGCGGAAGAUGGCGAUUGCAUGGAGGCUGCGAAGGAACCAGCGGAGCUGAUAAACCGUGGAGGAGGAGAGGACAUAUACACACCCAGAGCCCUGAAAAGAUCUCAGCUGAAACAAGGACAAUAAUGUCCCUUUCCCCCGACAAUGAAGAUGGAUACUUUGUUGCCAUGGAUACAGAGGAUGAGGGUGCAGAGACUGUGCUAACAGACAAAGUGGAGGCAAAGAUGGGGUCCUGUUGUCAAGAAGGGAUCAUGGACACAGGUGCCAAAGGGAAGGGAAGAACUAUGGCUGAGUUGCCAGAGGAAGUCCUCGAAUAUAUUUUAUCCUUCCUCUCACCUUACCAGGAGCACAAGACCGCUGCACUUGUGUGUAAGCAGUGGUAUCGUCUUAUUAAAGGUGUCGCUUACCAGUGUUACCAUGGUUUUUUGAGAGCUGUCCAGGAGGGAAAUAUCCAAUGGGAAAGCCGGACGUAUCCAUAUCCCGGAACCCCCAUCACUCAGCGCUUUUCACACAGUGCGUGCUAUUAUGACUCAAAUCAGUCCAUGUAUGUUUUCGGGGGCUGCACUCAGAGUAGCUGCAAUGCUGCCUUUAAUGACCUAUGGAGACUGGACCUCAACAGUAAAGAGUGGAUCCGCCCUUUAGCCUCAGGCUCCUAUCCAUCUCCAAAAGCCGGAGCGACCUUAGUGAUGCACAAAGAUCUGUUGGUGCUGUUUGGAGGCUGGACGCGACCCAGCCCUUAUCCACUUCACCAACCAGAGAGGUUUUUUGAUGAAAUCCACACCUAUUCACCUUCAAAAAAUUGGUGGAACUGUAUAGUAACAACACAUGGACCUCCACCUAUGGCAGGCCACUCAUCGUCUGUAAUUGGGAACUCCAUGAUAGUGUUCGGGGGAUCGUUAGGAGCACGUCAGAUGAGCAAUGAGGUCUGGGUUCUGGAUCUGGAGCAGUGGUCCUGGUUCAAACCGUCCACAUCAGGUCCAUCACCUCACCCACGAGGAGGCCAGUCACAGAUUGUAAUUGAUGAUAAGACGCUGCUUAUAUUGGGAGGCUGUGGUGGUCCUAAUGCACUUCUUAAAGAUGCCUGGCUCCUUCACAUGGAAAGCCCUGCGUGGAAAUGGCAGCAGCUGCAGGUAGAGAAUGAGGACCAUGGAGCCCCUGAGUUAUGGUGCCACCCAGCUUGCAAAGUGGGUCAGUGUGUGGUGGUUUUCUCACAGGCUCCUUCUGGCCGUGCACCUCUUAGUCCAAGUCUUAACUCGCGACCUUCCCCCAUAAGUGCCACACCCGCCCCUUUGGGGCCGGAGCCCCCCUCUCUGCGGUCUCAAUCUCCUAUUCGAAGCGGGGCCGCUGGUGUUGUCCUGGGAGCUGCCGAAGAGGCUCCGUGCGUAAAUGGUCGAUGGGGCACACUAAGACCUCGACCUUCAGCCAGAGGAAGCGCCAGAAAUGGAAGCCCAUCCUCGUCCCAGCAGCCGUCUCCUUCACAAGGCCCUGACAGCCCCCCUCUCCCUCCGCUUCCCUCUCUAAUAAACGGAUCUUCCCCUUCUCCUCGGACCAGCCCGGCCCAGGGGUGCUCUCCUCCCUCCCGUCCUCAUUUGCCUGGUUCCACAGACUAUGGGUGGGAGUCUCCGCUAUCUGCUGCUCCUCACCAGGAGGUCCCAAAUACUAAUGGACUGCAUACCCCCCCCUCAGGCUCCCCUCUCACGCCACCAGGAGCGGUGUCCCCCGCUGCCCUACGAAGAGGACUGGAGGCAGUGAAAAAUAAAUCUUCCUCAUCUUUACCAUCGUCUUCCCUUCAAACACAUGGGGCUUCUUCUAUGGGCGGCAGUGGUGGGGGAGGAGUAACCGGCCCCUCAGGAACCCCACCAUCAUCCUCAUCCAGCCCUCCACAAGCCGCCGUAGCUGAUGGACACGCUAUUCCACCCAUAGCACGGCGCCUUGGCCACCACCCGCCUCAGAGCCUGAAUGUAGGCAAACCUCUGUAUCAGUCCCUAAACUGCAAGCCCAUGCAGAUGUACGUGCUGGACAUUUCCCUGGCCAAAUCCGCAGGCGUUGUGUCCUGGAAAGUUUACGGUAAUGGGACGCCCGCAGCGGUCAUGGGGCCUCCGGAGACCAGCCUUCACACUGUGGUGCAGGGCAGAGGGGAACUCAUUAUUUUUGGGGGCCUCAUGGACAAGAAACAAAAUGCUAAGUACUACCCUAAAACCAACGCUUUGUACUUUGUACGAGCUAAAAGGUAAUGCAUCUUCAGACGGGACUGGAAAGACGGAUGUUAUACUCUGCAACAACAUAAGGGAACUAACACACAAGGCCUUUUACCUGUAGGACGGAUUAUAAGAGAAGAACUUUAUCAGUGCUAGAUGUUUCACUUGAAUUUCACUGUUGUCCCUUCUGCCUACUGAUCGCAUUCAUAGGGAAACACUUUAACUACACUGACAAAAUAUUUGCUUGAAUGAAAAUUAUCUGUGUGCGAGUGUGCUUGGAGAGGACCAGACAUUUUUAUCGCCCCCUGAUGGUGAACAACCAAACAAAACAUUUAUUUGUGUGAGUGUGUGUAUAUGUAUGUCACCCCUUCUGAACUCUUAAAAAGAAGAAAACUGGAAGUGUUGAUGACUACCUUGCUUUUUCUAUCUCUCUAAAAGCCUGCAAUGUUUACAUAGAAACAGCGUGUGUGUGUGUGUGUGCGUGUUUGUGUGCAUGAUGGUGGUUAAAAAUUGUUGACUAAUGUGUGUCGGGGGGCCGCGAUGGCUGAGCGAUGUGGCAUUGUACUAUAAACAUAGUUGAACAAUAAAGGCCUCCGUGUCUGCUCUG